AUGGACGGGUCAGAAGUUAUGCAUCGUUUGUGGAAUCGGGAUCUUGCUGCUGUCCUGAACUUCCGACAUAUACUUAAAAAUCUGAGAUAUGAUGGGACUAUACCUGUAAGGUUCACCCGCGUUAUUCGGAUUGGAUGUAUCAGAAGACAAGCAGAAGAAGAUCUCCAGGAGGCUAAGAAAAAGAUGUUUUGCUUUGACUGCAAAAAACAUGGUGGAGUAGAAAUUGGUGCUUCAUUGAAAUUCAACUACAAGAGACUUUAUACCCCGGAAGAUUUGCAACAAUUCACUAAAAGCGCCAAUUUUUUGUUUUCUAUAGAGUAUAUUAUGCUUAACAAAGUAUUUGACUUAUUAAAAGAGUAUCAAGACUUUCAGCCAAAAUACUACUUUGACUCUACUCUUGAACCACUUGCAUCUCUACCCAAAAAAGAAAAAUCUUGA